ACAUUGGCUUAGCGGAAGUGGCUGAAACUUGUUUACUUUCAACAGAGGAUAAAGGCCGGGAAAUUCAGGCUAAGAAUAUUGUUUUCCCUGGUGAUUUAGUGCUUCGUGAAGAACCAUAUGUUGCGAUUAUUUUGAAGCAGUUUCGUGAUACACACUGCCACUUUUGCUUCAAGGAGCUUCCAGGGGAUCCUGUGCCUUGUGAAUCUUGUGCAAUACCUUUAUAUUGCUCUGAAAAUUGCAGAGAGCAUGCUGGAGGAAGUCUAUACUGGAGUAAACACUCUGAGAACAUUUCAUUUCCUGAGCAAAUCUCAGAUGUUUCUGAUCACAGGACUGGGAUGACAUGUUUGUCUGAGAAUGAUUUGUUCAAAAUAUCACAAUUGAAUAUUAAAGAUAGGAAUUGGUGUGAGCACAAACAUGAAUGUGGAGGGAUGAGUUGGGCUGCAGUGCUACCAACAGAAGCUAUUUUGGCUGCUCGCAUGUUGAUCAAAUCUAUCAAUAAGGAAUCGCAGUGGUAUUUACAGGAUUGUUCAAUAAAUAUGAAUCUUUGCCAUCAUUAUGAGAAGAUGCAACCAGAUGAUAAAUUGGAGCUACACAUAUUUGCCAUUGUUCUUGCAUGCUGUCUUCAGUCUUCAAGUUCAGGGAUGUUGCAGUUAACAGGGACUUCUAUUUCAGAGAUUGUACUACUCAUAGCACAAGUCAAAGUUAAUGCCAUGGCAAUUGUGCAUAUGUCAUCUCCAGAUGCAACUAGUAAAUCAGGAAUAUCAGUAAAACAGAGUAUGACAUGUUCUAUUAAACAGGAACAAGUUGCACAAGCGAUUUAUUUAAGAGGAAGUGCAUUCAAUCAUUCCUGUGAUCCUAACGUCCAUGCUUCCUUUGUAUCUCGAAGUCUUCUAGUUCAUGCAAUCAAACCCUUAACUCCAGGAUCACCACUUGAAUUAUGCUAUGGUCCACAGGUGGGAGAGUCUGGGCUUGAAGAGAGGCAAAGAUGGUUGAAAAAGCGUUACUUUUUUGUAUGCAAGUGUAUGGGAUGCUCAGAGUUGAACCUUUCAGAUCUUUAUUUUUCAUCAUUUCGAUGUGCAAAGGACGAUUGCCAAGGAGUGGUUUUGGAUAAAGAAAUUACUAAGUCAGAGAAAGUGAUUGGAACUGAUGUUGUACCACAUGUCAGUGUAUGUACAAGGGACCUGACAUUACCUGCUGAUGAGCAAAAGCAACAGUCAAUAAAUGCAGUUGCCUCUCUUCUUAUUGCACCAGAAAAUGUGAGCGUGAGGCACAUUAAUCCUGGUCACUGCUUGAGGUGUGGAUAUCCUGGUGAUCUAGAAAGAAAAAAGAAAGUAGCAAACUGGAGUUUGGAAUGCAUUAAAAGAGUAUAUGGUCAGAUACAUGUACAUGGUGACAAACAAAGGCUGCUGGAUGAUGCGUUACAAUUCCUUCGAUCCUUGUCAUCCAUGUUGCAUGCCUACAACAAAGAGGUUGCAAAGAUUCUUGAAAAGUUGUACCACAGUGAUCAUAUUGUCGUUGCAAAUGAACUGGUGAAAUUGGUGUCGAUCGAACACAUGUUGAACAAAUAUGAAUGUGCCAAGAAGAAUCUUGCAAGAAUUGACAAUGUAUUCAGCAGACAUUAUGGCCAUAACUAUGCAAAAAUGUUUCCAUAUUUGAGAUCUAUGCAAGAGAUAACCAGGAGUAUUCUGGAUGAAAUCUAGGAGAAUUGAUGUCAAGGCUUUGCAUAUGUAAAUUACAACCAGCAAAGUUAGAAUUGUACAGCUCUUGUUACAUGUUCGUUUACGUUCAAGUUGUGUCCAAUGAUUAUUUCAUUCUAUGAAUAAUCAUUUAUAUGCUAUCUAUGUUGUUUUAAUAUAUAUUUUCAAAAUCCUUUGUUCUUUGUGUGGUCUAGAGUUACAAUUACAAUUAACUUCAACAUCCUUAAGAGCCAAGGUUACAAGACUCUCCUGUACUCAGCCCAGACUCUGCGAGUCCAGGGGCGAGCCAAGUCAAAAGAGGCCCAGGGACCCAACACUCGGGUCUGAGCAAGUCUUGCAAGACUCGACAGACUCAGCAAGUCCCAAGCCCAAGAUGCUGCCCCGCACAUGGAGAUAAAGAGCAUUAAAGAAACAGAAAAAACUAUCUGGAUAUAGAAGAGUUUAAAAUAACUAUUUUUCAGAAGCAUUCUAUU